AUGGCCUAUGGAGAGUAUAUAUCUUCUGCAGUCUUACCAACCUCAGAGAGCAAGCAAGAAGGCAAUCUCAUGGCAUGUGCAAUCGAUAAGCAGUCCAUUUCAGCUUUCACGAAUCAGCUUCCUGUACCUUGCCCACCUCCCCCUCCCCCUCAACAUCAUACCAAAACAUGCAGGUACAUCCACGACUUCUCCCUUUUCAUGACCUUCUCCACCAAGCUUUUUCUUGAACGGGCAUCAAGCAAUUGA